AGGGUGCUUGUAUGUUUUCAGCCGCUAGAGGGCGACAACAUAGUACCCGGAAGUAGAGACAGCGUGCUCCCCCCGACACAACCACAAAAAUGAAAGCUAUCAUUCAGAGGGUCACCAAGGCGACAGUGACAGUGGGAGAAGAACAAGUGAGUUCAAUUGGACGAGGACUGUGUGUGCUGCUGGGGAUAUCAGUAGAGGACACCCAGAAAGAUGCUGACUACCUAGUACGAAAGAUCCUGAACCUGCGGCUGUUCGAAGACGAGAAUGGGCGAGCGUGGAGCAAAAGUGUCAUGGACCGGGACUUUGAGGUGCUCUGUGUGAGCCAGUUCACACUGCAGUGUAUACUGAAGGGCAACAAGCCAGACUUCCACUCAGCCAUGCCUGCAGAGCUGGCCCAGCCCUUCUACAACAGCAUCGUGGAGAACAUGAGGAGCUCUUACAAGCCGGAGCUCAUUAAAGAUGGGGAGUUUGGGGCCUACAUGCAGGUCACCAUUCAAAACGACGGACCUGUCACUGUGGAACUGUCGUCACCUUCCGGUCCCACUGACCCCAAACAGCUGUCGAAGCAGGAGAAGCAGCAGCAGAGGAAAGAGAAGACACGCUCCAAAGGCCCCUCGGAGUCGAGCAGGGAGAAGGGCGCCCAACGCUCCCGACAGGACCCCAACGCCAGUAGUGGAGCUGAGGGUGAUGUGUCGUCAGAGAGGGAACCCUAGGACGGCACGAUGUUGUAUUGAGGACAUACCGGUGAACAAAGUUUCCUCAGGAAGGCCUGAAUCCUCUGUGACCCUCACACCUGAUCUGGGACUGACCCCCCUUUUCCUGUUAGGGGAUCAUCAGGACUCAUCAGGAUUCUGAAGAACACCGACGCCUUGCUUGUGUCCAUGGCUCAAUCCCUCAGAGUCACAUCGGUCUUACUAUGAGCUAUGCCUGUUUUUAUGUGUAUAGAUGGGUCACAGGGGUGCACAUGAAGGGAGCAUGGGUGAUAUGGGAUGGAAUGGACGUCCACAGCACUGUAGUUUGGCUUGCUGUGAUGUCUCACUAUCUUUUCAUGUUUCCACCUCCAUCUGGCUCUGUAUUUCUCUUUCUGAUCUCAGCUGCUGUUUCCAGUUAAUCUCUGCUUAGAGGCAUGGCACUGGCCCUGAAGCAUAACUCAGCUCCAAGUCCUUGGCUUACAGCACAGGCACAAGAUCAUCAGGAUAGUGAUAAUGUAACCGCCUUGCCAUAUUUAUUACACCACUGCCACUUCACGAUUGUUACAGAAACAUGGUUAAAGUCUGGCUUUAAAGGUAACAAUACCUGAAAAAAAUAGACUUUUACCAUGAAGCUUAAACUAAACUUAAACUGCUAAAGAGCACAGGCCAGUCAUCUUCAUUCAGCUCCUUGUUUCCCUCUUCCCUAAAAGUCAACAUCGAGUUAGAAAAUGUGUUCCAAUUCAGUUGAUUUUUGCUCUAAAAUAAAUAAUAUCUGAAUAUACAGUCAAAGCCUCA